CCACCAGUGCAUCUCCUCUCAGUUUAGUGCGAUAUUAGUGGAAUUUCCCAAGAAUAUGGUGUACUUUAGCCCGCGAGGAAUGUACCCGUGCAGCCCACCAGCAACGCCGACAAUUCUCAAGAGCCCUCGAAUGGAGUCCGCCUCGGCGUGUGACUUGAAGCCAACCCAGAGAUCCCCAGGAUGCUCCCUCAAGUUCUCCAUUGCGAAGAUCAUGGAGCCCGACAAGGGCACAACACGGAAACCCUCGCCGCCGCUCACGGUGGACUCGACCGAGGGCAGCGACAACGAAAGCAACGGACCUGCCUAUGAUUCGGCCUUCAAGAAGUACGUGCCCGUUCAUCAACUCGUGAGUUCGCGCCACCAAGAGUUGCUGAACCAAUAUCCCUUGCUUUACUACCCCAACCAACUCAUGUGUGCCGCCGCGGCGGCCCAGUACGCCGCCCUGACGCAACACUCUGGCCUGCUCUCGAACGCCACUGCCGACGGGAGUUUCCAGUCUCUGAGCACCUUGGCCGGUUCAACGGUGAACCCCUUCGUGGCAACUAGUCACUCCAUGAGGCGCGCUCCUCUUGGAGCGGAGAAGUCUCAUCACGCCACGACGGGUCAUGCUAAGCACGGACCCAACUUGGGCAGGGACAAAGAGUCUGGGUCGGCGUGCGGCGGUGGUAAUGGCGACAGUGCAGCGGCGGGAAAACAGAAGACAUUCUCAUGCCAAGAGUGCGGGAAGGUUUUCAAUGCAAUGUACAAUCUCACCAGACAUAUGCCAGUGCACACGGGAGCCAGGCCGUUCGUCUGCAAGAUCUGCGGAAAGGGAUUUCGACAGGCAUCAACGCUGUGUCGCCACAAAAUCAUCCACACGUCGGAGAAGCCUCACAAGUGUCACACGUGCGGCAAGGCCUUCAAUCGCUCCUCCACCCUGAACACCCACACGCGCAUUCAUGCUGGGUACAAGCCCUUCGUGUGCGAGUACUGCGGCAAGGGUUUCCACCAGAAGGGCAACUACAAGAACCACAAGCUCACCCACAGUGGCGAUAAGGCGUACAAAUGCACUAUCUGCAACAAGGCCUUCCACCAGAUCUACAACCUCACCUUCCACAUGCACACCCACAACGACAAGAAGCCCUUCACUUGCAAGAUCUGCGCCAAGGGCUUCUGUCGCAACUUCGAUCUCAAGAAGCACAUGCGGAAGCUGCACGAGCCCGGAUCGGAUGGACGAAUCGAGCGUGCAGAGAGGCAAUCUAGCGACAGUGGCUCCGGCACGGCCAGCAAUUGGUCCCUGCCAGCCACAUCGGCGGCCAGUUUGCACCACCAAUCGACUCUGAGCUAUCCUGGAAGUACAUUUAUGCUGUCCGCGGGCGCUCCGGCCCUCGAUGCCCCUUUCAUUGCGAAGGUCUUUUGACACAAGUACUACAAUCUGCACCAGCAAGCGGGCCUCAAGAACUGCCUGGCCAACAAUUAGCGCGUGAUGCAAAGUGAAUUGUGCAAUAAACCGGGACUGGCUUGCGCCGUGGAAUCUCUAGGUAAUUGACUCUCUGCAGGUUAACCGAUUGAGUGUGUAAAUAUGUUUGUAGAUAGUAGCUUUGUGGGCAGAUUGUGUGACUCAAGCGAUCACACACUCGUGCUGAAAAAUCCAUCGAUAAGGAAUUUUAUUGUUCGAUAAAUGAUUCUUAUAUCGUGUCAUCAU